GACCCCCACGGCGGCUCUGCCUGGAGCUCUACCAGCGGCAGCUCUGCACCGUGGCGAGCGCUGCGAGUGCGGGCCAGCGGCGCGUGAGCGCAGCGAUUGCUGCGGCCCGCGCCCAUGCAGGGGACCCGAUCCCGGACGCGAGCGCGAGCAUGCCGGCGGAGCAGCGCAACCGCUUGACGAUCGAAGCGCGCCGACCUCCAGGCCGAACACCACCAAACGGCAUCGAUUCCAUCUCGCUGAACGGGACUGACCAGCAUCGUGUCGCCGUGUGGAUCGCGAUGUUGAGCUCCCGCAAAGCGACGUUCGUGGCGACCGUGCUCCGGUUUUUUGUCGCAUAUGAUUUUUGUCUGGCUUUCAAUCGGGUCCAUGACUGGCAGUCAAGCUGCUUCAAGCAGAUCGUGGACCAGAAUACCAUAGUCUUCCUUGCGCCCAGCGAAGGUACGGCGAUGGUGAUCGUCCGCUGCAUCGACCGCCUGCACUUCGAUGCGCCGGCCGAUGCCAACCGGGUCAUGCUUGUGAUUCCGGAUUGCGUCCAGCAAAAAGCCAAGAUGUUCCAGCAGCACUACGCGGGUAACCUGCGUGUGGCGCAGCUGGGCAAGUUGGAAAAGAGCUGGCCGAAACAGAAGUGGGAUGAGUGCAUGGAGUCGAGCCACAUACUGGUCGGGCCGCCUGACAUCUUCUACCACGCACUCACCAACACGUUUCUCAGCCUGAAGAGCUUCUGCUUCCUUGUCUUUGAUGACUGUGACCGUGCGGUUCGUGGCGAUGCGAUGGCCGGGAUCUGCCACGAUGUGCUACGCCCUUUCUGCAGCGAGACCUCGGCCUCGAUCCGCAUUGCCGGGUUUACGGCAAGCCUGUCCAAGGAAAGCUUCGAUCGGGGAGAGCUCAAGAUGCAGACAAGCGUGCAGCUGCUCCAGCGACUGUUUCAUGCCAGUCUCUUUGUUCCUGAUGUCCGGGGCGAAUACCAUGGCAAUCGCCCCGAAGAGGAUGGCUUCACGAAGGUGGAUGUUGCAGCAGAAAGCGACGAACAUGGCAAGUGUGUCAAGUUCCUGCACACCUGGGUGCUGGAUCUGGGACGGAAGUGCACCGAAAGGCUGGGUACAGUCGCCAACAUCAAGGACAUCCCCCGCAUCCUCGGCCAGCUUCCGAAGGUCUUUGAGCAACUUGGCAGGGAUGCGCUCUUGUUCGCCAUCACGAAGGGAGUCAUGUCGCAGCUGGAGGGCAAGAUUUUCACGCUCAAGCAGCGCACGCAACACUGUCCGGAACGAAGACAGGAGGCAGAGGCUUUGGAACGAACAUUCCCAGCGCUGCAAGAGUUGCUUCUGGAAGCAGCGUCAACCCUGGAGCUUCAUGCCCAGCGGUUUUCAACUCCACAGUAUUCCGCCAAAGCUGAAAAGCUCAUGGAGAUCGUGACUGAGGAGCAAAAAAGCCUCCAGGACGGUACAGAGCCGAAGCGGUGCCUCGUGCUGGUCAAGGAUUCAGCCGUCUCCGGCCCUCUGGCACACAUCUUGUCCGAAAGGUCUCUGGGGCCUACAGGGUUUAUAUGUGGAAAGAUGACUACAGAGCAGCGGAACGACACCUUGUCGCGGUUCCGAACGGGUGACCUUGCUGUUUUGGUAUCGACGAACGUUGCCAACCUGCCGGACUGCCAGCUGGCGGUUCACUUUGACGAGUAUCGCACACUGCAUGCGCACCAGACGGCCGCACGUGGGCAGAGUCCAGAUGUCAAGGUCUAUUGCUUCGAGAAUGAUCCCCAGCUGGCGCAGAAGGCUGCCAAAAAAAUGACCGCUUUGGCGAAACGGCCCGGGACCGUGCUGCGUGAGGAGGAUCUCGAGUUCGAGGAAGAGAGCCGUGCGAAGCGGCCACGCUUGGGGCCAGGGAUCUUCGGCGCGGAGGGUGACUGCGGCCUGAUUAAUGUGCACAAUUGUCGCGAGCUGGUCAACCGAUACUGCGCAGAGGUGCUUGCAGACAGCUUCGUCGUUGAGGAUAUGUUUUGCCGCGACGAGUCGGGGAUCUCGAGCGUCAGAUAUCCAACACCACAAGGCUGGGAGACAGUGAGCCGCCAAGAUAUGCAAUCGCACUGGGGUGGAGACUCCAAGGAGUUUUUCGACCCGAGCCGUAAGCGGUACAGCGCGAGAGAGCGGGACGAGCUUUGUUUUCUGUUCCUAGUCGCCCUGCGCCUUCGCCAGACUGAUUGCUUAGACAACCACAACCAGCCGACCAUGGAAGCAACGCAGCUGGCGCGGGUGAAGUGUCCGGCAGCCUCGGAUCGAACGGAAGCAACAGCAACCACCAAGAGCACUUCGAGAGUGUCGACUGGUCCGCCCAAGUCCCGCCUCUGCGAAUGGGCCCAAAAGACCUACCGUCAGAGUGACUGCGACAGGACGCUCGAGUGGGAGUACAAAGUCAUGCCAGGAGGAGGCUUCCGCGCUUUCCUUCACAUCAAGCCGCUGCAGCUUCGCUUCGAAGGAGAAGCAUGCUCUUCGAAAAAGCAGGCAAGCCAUGACGUGGCCCUGAAAGCCCUCCAGCAUCCACAGGUAGCUGGAGAGUGGCCCAGGGGUCAGCCUGAAAGGCUCGUGCCCAAGGAUGUAAUGGAGGUUGAUGGCUGA